GACUACAAUGUACCAUAGCAUUUGUGUGGUCUGCAUUUCUGGUUACUCAAUGCAAGCUAUUAAAACCGGAACAAGAGACUCUAAGACUGGACUUGAUUGACGAUGGAGCAGCAUCCGCAUAUCGUGAUGCUGAUAUUCUUGUUUUUAACUCAUGCCAUUGGUGGGUUGGAGGAAAAAUUAACAAAGGGAUUAACUUUUUCCAAGAAGGCGAUUACUUGUAUCCAGAACUAGAUAUAAAUAAAGCAUAUGGCAAGGCCCUUACUACUUGGAGUAAAUGGAUUGACGCGAACAUUGAUUCUAAGAAAACCCAAGUUGUUUUUAGAGGAAUUUCACUUACUCAUUUUGCAGGAGGAUGCAAAUUAGCUACAAAGCCAAUCCCGAGCAAUGAAACGUACAUUAAGCCGUUUGCGUUACAGUCAAAAACACUAGAAGACACUCUUCGAAGAAUGAAGACCCCUGUUUUGUUUCUGAACAUCAGUAAACUGACAUAUUAUCGAGCCGACGCUCACCCUUCU